AAAGCAGUUACUUUAUUUUCCAUACCGAGCACCUAUUCGAGGAUUAAUUUUCUGAAACCCUUUCACAACCUUAGAUAUGUCAGCAGGUGUUCAGGAGUUCUUCCUGCUGAGAUUUCACAUUAGGACAAAAAAAGAGGUUUGCAUCUGUCAGUCGACAAGAUUACUAAAUCACUAUUGUUGCAUAUUAAUAAUUUAAAAGUGUUUCUUUUAAUGCUGAUAAUGAAGCCAUUUUCCCUCUAAAGCCAUACUUUGUUAGAAAAAUUCUAAAUUUAGGAAAAAAAAUGGUAACUCUAAAAUCCAAUUAUUUGAACCCAGUUUACUAAAUUUAGCUUCAUGGUAAAUUGUUCUGUCCUUGGAACUACAUGAAAGUUCAGAGUUUGUCACUAAACAUCAAGAUCUUGUUAAUUGCAUAUGUGAUGCCCUCUUUGAUGCUAUAGAAAAUUAAACAAAUCUGACCUUUGCCCUUGAUAUCUGUGACCUACUACAAUACUAAUGCAGACUUAGAGUGCAUAAAGCAUACUGAAUGAGUUCAUAGAGUAUGUGGCUAUCUUCAUCUGAAAACUUCAAAGCAUUAUUCAAGAAUGUAAUACCAGCUGAUAGAAAUAAGAAAUCCAGUGGUGCCUAACCCGAGCUAAGUGGUCAGUCUGACAGUAAGGGCCAGCAGUCCUUACUCCCUUCUCUUUAGUCCUAACCAAAGACCACAUCUGUUCUGCCACACUAUUAGAAGAAGCACAUCUCUUUCAGCAAACAGGAAAUCAACUGGACAAGUUCAAUGGACACUGUUCACACAUAAUGAACUUUUGUUGAAAAAUAGCUUCUCGUUACCUUUCUAUUAUGAAUGGAGCCAAUACCAAAACUUCUAGCUGGACUUAUUUUGUUGACAUUGUGUGUGGUGAGCUGCUCCAGCCAGCACUGGUCCUACGGAUUGCGCCCUGGAGGAAAAAGAAAUGCAGAAAAUUUGAUUGACUCAUUCCAAGAGAAUCACAUUCUUUUACUUCAGAGAGCCAAAGAGGUGGAUCAGCUAGCAGAGCCUCAGCACUUCGAAUGCACCCUUCACCAGCCACCUUCUGCCCUCAGGGAGCUGAAAGGAGCGCUGGAAAGUCUGAUUGAAGAGGAAACUGGGCAGAAGAAGAUUUAAACCCACUGGUCCAAAAAGGAAUGACAACACAAGUAUAAUUCUGACUUUGAAAUCUGUGUCCCAUUUAAUAUCUGUAAACUGUGUGAAUUUCAGAAAUUCUUAUGCCAAGGUGCAUGUAUUUCAUAAUGAAGUAGUGUGAAUAAAGUGGCAUAAAUAUUAACGAAGUCUUUCUCUAACUCAAACCUCUGGUGAGGGAGGGAUAUUGUAAGCCACAAAGGGGCCUCCCCCAGAUGUGUCUGCCGAACAGAGGAGCGGAGAGAGAACACAAAGCCAACACUCCUGUUGGCCAGGAAUCUCAGGCUCUCCUCCUUCGCCACCCUGUGCCCACAGGGCAACAGCCCCGUGUCGGUCUGGGCCAAAAAAGCUGAUUCGGCUACAGUGUUCUGUGGGAUUGUAGUUUUAUUUUUGACCAUACCCUACAGGAGAUAGGUGGGGUCAGAAUGUCUCUAAUUCCUUUGACAGUCAAUUAGAACCUGAGAGAGGCCUAGGGAGGCCUGCUGGGCUCCUAGUCCGUUGCUUCUUCUGCCCCAUGUGGUCUCUCCAGGUUCACCAGAGCAAGUGGUGCACUCGAGUUUUGGGACCAAGACCCAAAAGUAAUAGUGUUCACCUGCCUGAUGUUUAUGUUACUUUCCUCCGCACUACGGAGUGUAGAGUCAGUUGAAGACAGGUGUUCCCUUGGUCAAAUAGCAUUGCCACCAUUCAUUCUCUACAAAGAGAGCCAGGUUUUGUGCUAGAUACAUGCAUAUUUUCAUGACCCCUCAUAAUGACCAGGGAAAGUAGGUAUUAUGGUCUUCCCUUUGCAAUGAAGAAACUGUUUGAGACAGACCCACUCCCUGUGUCGGGUCCCGUGGUCAGUGAUUCUGUAUUGCACUAUUAUAAGCAGCCAAUGGACUUGGACCUGGGAGCUCAGUUAUUUUGUUCAUUGGAGCUGAGAAAGGGUACUGAGGCUCCCGUGUCAACUUCGUUUUACUGGCGACCAUUUCUCUAUGAGGUCCCAGACACUGUAACACUAACAUUCUCAUUUACCCUAUAACUCCAAGAGACUCAGAGACCAUUUGGAAAACUCAAAUUUCAGAUUACUUGUUUGGUGUGACAGCAACAAACUGUGCCUGUAUUCACAUGGCAAAGACCUAGGCCUUUUUUUCCUCUUUUAAUCAAAGAGAUGAAGCCUUCCUCCUCCCCUCCCUGGCCCUAUACCUCUGAAAAGGGCAAGAAAGACCUAUAUUAAGGAAUUUAAAUAUGGGUCAGAAACAUUCUAUGUGGGAGAAAACCUCUCCUUUUUAGUAUAAAUAUCUCUUACUGUACAGUGCUAGAUUUUCCAAAUAUCACCAUUUGCAGAAUCUCUAAAACUGAAUCCAAGACUUCUCCACUCCCACUUCAAUAAAAUUAGGCAGUCAUGUGGUCCAUACUCUACUUUAUGACACAUCACCCCCAGUAGGGGGCAUGCAGGAGGCAGCCAAUCAAUGAUUCUCUCAUCAUUGUUUCUCUCUCUCUCUCCCUCCCACUUCUUCUCUGAAAUCAAUAAAAAUAUAUUUUAAAAAGUUUUAAAAAGGCAACAUAUUUUAUACAUCCUGUUUGGAGUCUCAGGUUUCCUUUGCCAAAGCCUGUCUUUGGGACAAUUUCUUUGGAGCCAGCUGUGGGCCUCCCUGAAUGGGAUGUAUGACCGAUGCUGAUGUUAGAGGCUUGGGAUGGCAUCCAGUAUUUGCAACAUGAACAUAUUGGAUAAUUUAAUUCUCAAAUGCCUAAGUGACUGAGGGGAAGGAGAGUAAAAAUGACCCCUUCAUUAAAAUUUUAAGCAUUUUCCUAAAUCUGAAGAACUCUUUAACUUGUCAGUGUAGUUUGAAAAAAGGCUGCAUUAUUUCAAAAUAGAAGUUGGGGAAACAUAAAACAUGAUAGAUUUAAUUAGGCAAGUUCUCAAAUAUAUAUGGCUUGAAAUGAGAAAGUAACAGAAAGGAGAGAUUGAAAAGAGAUCAUUUUAACAGAAGUUGUAGUAUUCUAGAGAUGAUUGGGGGGAAAAGGCAAGAAUUAUUGCAUGAAUAGCCUCGCUUACAAAUUUUGACAGGGCAAGGUGCUCUAAAAGAAGUAUUUUUCUCUUCUUUUGUUUCCAAAUCAAGUCUUUUUU